CAUCCUGGUCCAGAGCAGAACUACGUGUGAUGAGGUGCGCACUCAGCGCGCCGCUCUGCCCGCGCGGACACUGCAGUGUAGGUUACUGUGCCAUCGCUGCUGCGGCUGCUCGCUCCCGACACCACGUCCCGCUGCAGACUUCCCGGGUCCGGGUAGAACAGGGAAGCGCUGAAAGCCAUGGCCGAGUCCAACCCGCUGCGGGGCUUCCCCCGUCUGCGCCGGGCCGCGACCUCAUUUCCAGGAAAUCUGCAUUUGGUCUUGGUGCUCCACCCCUCCGGCUUGUUAAGCUCUGCCCCCAGUCCGUCUUCCAGCACUGACCUGGGCUUCCGCUUCAGCCAGGAUGACUUCCUGUUAAAGAUGCCGGUGGUGAUGCUGCGCUCAGUUGGUGACCUGCUGCGCUACAUCGACGAAAACCACCUGACAUCAGACUUCACUGCAAAAGUGGAGUACUGCCAAAGUGACUGGAUCGUCCUCCGCACGGCCAUUGAGACCUUUGCGGUGACAGUGAAGGAGAUCGCCCAGCUGCUGCAAGGCUUUGGAUCAGAGCUAUCUGAGACCGAACUUCCGGAUGAAGCUAGUGCCAUCGAGUUCCUGCUGCACUCACACACACACCGAUACCGACAGAUGAAGGACGACAUCCGGAGCGUGCUGAAAGAAGGACGGCUGCUGCUGUCGAACCUGGAGACUGUCAAGGCCUCUAAGAGAGAUGUAGAGGAGGAGAGGGAACUAAAAUCAGACAUGGACACUGUUCAGAGGCUCCUGACUCAGCUCAGAGACAUGGAGGAGGCGUUUGAUGGCUUCUUUGAGAAACACCACCUGAAGAUGCAGCAGUACCACCAGCUGCUGCAUUAUGAAAUGAGUUUCCAGCAGAUGGAGGAGGUUCUGGAGAGGAUCACUAACCAGGAGAUGGACAUUGCCUCUGUGGGAACCACGGUGGUGCAGACGGAACAGCUAUUGAAGGACCUGGCGAUGCUGGACACACACGCUCAGGAGGAGAUGGCUCGUGCCCAGGUGGUUAUCCUGCAUGGCCAUCAGUUGGCCACCAACCACCAUUACGCCCUGGCACUCAUCAUCCAACGCUGCAAUGAGCUGCGACAUCGCUGUGACAUCAUCACCACUGCCAUACGCACCAAGCGGGCCUCCCUUACCCGAGCACGAGACCUGCUGCUCCGCCUUGAAGGGGCCCUUCGGUGGUGUGACGAGGGCGCCUAUCUUCUGGCGAGCCAGAUGGUGGACAAGUUCCAAACCAGAGAGGGAGCGCAGGAGGCACUGCAGUACCUGAGCUUCCACCAGGAGAGGGCGCCGUCCGCACUGAAAAACAGCCAGGACAUUCUGAGCCUUGAGUUUGAAGCCAUACUCACCCCACAGCUGCAGUCCCAAAUUUCUACUGUUACAGAGAAGCUGAACUCGAUGCAGUCUAUGAUUAGAAACAGAGAGCAGUGUCUGAAAAAGUUGGCGGAUGUACAAGUCAGACCGAUUCAGCUGGUGGCCCCAAGGCCUGAACCCGACCACACUUUGCAGCGCUGCAAGUCACCCCUCUUCUCCCCCAAACAUGGUGUAGACUUUAACGUCCUAAAUUCCAAGUUCUCCUUUGACCUGCUACCUGGCAAAAGAGCCGCAAGGAGGAACAACAGCCAACGCAAGAUUGAGGUAAUGCAUGAUUUCCAAGGCAACUGCAGCUCUCUGUAUGGAUCCACCACUGAAACAGAUUCAGAGGCAGAAGACAAUCCAGAGCAGGUCACACGCCAUAUAAUGAAGGAACUGAUAGCUACAGAGAGGAUCUAUGUGGACGAGCUGCUCUCUGUCCUUUUGGGCUACAGGGCAGAAAUGGAGGACCCAUCCAUGUCUAAUCUUCUUCCUUCAGCUCUACGCAGCCAGAAGGAUGUUCUGUUUGGCAACAUGCCAGAGAUUUACCAGUUCCACAGCAGGAUCUUCCUCCAGGAUCUGCAGGGUUGCCUGGAGACACCAGAGAGGGUGGGGGCUUGCUUCCUGCAACGGAAGAAGAAGUUCCAGGUGUAUGAGCGUUACUGCCAAAACAAGCCUCGCUCUGAGUUGCUAUGGAGACAGUGCUCUGAUUCGCCCUUUUUUCAGGAGUGCCAGAAUAAGCUGGACCACAAGCUGGGUCUGAACUCUUACCUCCUGAAACCAGUCCAACGCCUCACCAAGUACCAGCUGCUACUCAAGGAGCUGUUGAAGCAUUGUGAGACAUGUCUGUCCCAGGGUGACCUCAGUCAGCUGGGCCGAGUGGUGAUGCAGGGAGGCUUCAGCGUGUGGAUCAGCCAUAAGAGGGCAGCGGUGCGCAUGAAGGAGCUGGCCAGGUUCAAACCCAUGCAGAGACAUCUCUUCCUCUAUGACCUCGCCCUGCUCUUCUGCAAACGCAGAGACGAUGACACUCACGACAGGACGCCUUUCUACAGCUUCAAAUCCUGUCUCAGAAUGAGUGCAGUGGGAAUCACAGAAAAUGUGAAAGGAGAUGUGAAGAAAUUUGAAAUCUGGUACAGUGGCAGAGAAGUAGUGUACAUAGUUCAGGCUCCCACACUGGAGGUCAAAGUUGCCUGGCUGACAGAGAUUCGAAAAAUUCUCACCAACCAGCAGAAAAUGCGCCAAGAUGAGACUCCUUCUCUUUCAGACAACCCGCCUUCUGACAGUGCAUCAGAGAUGUGUGUGUCGUGGGGCGGAGCAUCGGUGGGAGGCUGCUCAGCGUGUCUCCCUGUUCCUCACAGCUCCUCUGCAACAAACCACUCCCACAGGCUGCGAUGGGAGGAGUCAAUACACACUAGCCCCGCCCACUCGGAACCCGUGGUUAACUCACCUCAACGCACUUGGCCUGUUCCUGCGCACUCCGGGGCAAUCUGUGAGGGCCUGGAGGACUGGGGUGCAGCUACAGACCUCUCCAACCUAUCGGACUCAGACGAGGAGGAUCAGCCCGCCCCCCUGGUAGCAGGCAGGUACAGGGUCAUGGUAGAAAGCAGCAUGGCCAGCACGGAUGACAUCAUCUUUAAUUGCGGGGAUGUCAUCCAGCUGCUGCAUGAAGAAUUGUCGGGACUGUGGAUGGUAAAGAAUAUAAGUCGUGGGGAAGAAGGGCGUGUUCUAUCUGAGGACCUGCAUAGGAUUCUGGGAGAAACAUGCUAAGAGCCAAUCAGAACAGAGGAUAGAUGACAUACUUCAUCAACUUCCUGACCAAAAGGGGGCAUCUGACUCUGCCAAGACGUUCAGCAGAUCAACAGAUUGAAGCACAUCAACUGCAUAUUUAACUACUGUGACACUUUGACCUCAGAAGGCUGUAAACUACAGAAUGGACCUCAGACUGUAGCAAUACAAAGCACAUAUGUGGGAUCUUUUUAUUUAUGUAUCUAUUCCAGCAGUAAUUUAGUAGAUUAUUUAGACUUGGGGUUGUAACUAAAGACGUUGAACUUUUUUUGGGCCUUUAUUCAUAUGUACAGCAUAGACCUUUGUUGAUGUCUUCAAGUUUUAUCAUUUCUAUUUUCUUAUGAAAUAUGACAGAAAUCAUGCAUAUGCCUACUAACAUAUCAUUACUGUCCAUGUGCCAAACAGCGCAGCUAAUUAUUGUGGCUUCUUUUUGUAUAACACUGUAAAAUAGCUUUACCUUGGGGUGUUAUUGUUUGCAAUAAAUGUAAACCCUCUUUCUUUCAUACAGCAACCAGCUACGUCACUAGAGGGUUUGCAUGUGAUGUUACCGUAUGCCAAAAUCGACAUCGUUACUCCACCUCUUAGUGGCAAAAGCAAACAUUCAGCAUCUGCUUGAUGCAUUCACAUGACAGAAGAACAAGAAAAAAAACAAGGCAAGAUCAGACUAUUCAGCAAUAUUCAGUCAAGGUCUCGCCAUCCAUAGCAGCCAUAGUGGGUUUGUUUUGCCACUCAGUGGUGUUGGUUAUGGAUGUAUAUGUGAAAAUCUCAUUGCAUACCCAUUGGCUUUCAGUGGGGCUGGUUGUUGUAAUUCAGUGGUUGUCAGGCAGCUUUGAUAAAUAAAUUGUAGAUAUUUAAAAAGUGAA